UACAUUAAUUCGGUUUUCCUGCUCCGAAGAGCCCCCGUCACUUGGCCUGCUAUGGCUGUCGUACCCAUCCCGCAACCAGAUUCGAGAGAACUUCUCCCUCCACUGCUCGCCUGUCUGGCGACCGCCAACGUAUCCAAGCAGCCCCCUCCUGCUCUUCUCCCUCUCUUGUCGCCCAUCUUGCGUCAGCGGGUACAAUUACUCGCUUCCGAUGAUUGGUUAUCAUUACUUUGCUGGGAUAAACAGGCAGCUACUCGACUCUCUGAAGUUGUCGCCAAUAUCAACGUGGAACCACAUCCAGCUUCGGGUGAAAUCGAAGUAGAAGACCCCGACCAGAUUCUCUAUCGCCGCUCAGACCCCGAAACUUUACACGCGAGGCUCAUACUGGGGGAGUAUGGCAUCGUACCCGCAUACUUGUGGUGUACGGGAGGUGAUAAUGGGAACCGCUGGGAACUGGCCGAACUGAGGGGAACUGAGGAUGCCGACGAUGGCACAGAGUGGUUUUCGAGCAUAACUGAAGCCAAUGAAGCGGGUUUCCGUCGGAAAGCAGUCAAGACCAAUGGCGCUGGUAAACACAUGACGCUCAAUUUACCGGAGCCCUCUCGGAAAGAGGAGGAAGAGGAUGACGAUGCAUACUGGGCUGCAUAUGACAACACUCCUGGACGGACACCAAACAAGCAAUCCCCAGCUCCGCCUACAAAUACUCGGGUUCAAGUCGGCCCGACUCAAACUGAACUGGAAUAUUUUGCAAGAUAUGCUUCAGAAGUUCAGCCUGCAAUGGAUCCCCAUGACCCAGACGAGGAAGCUACGGCGCCUGGUCAAUCCACCCUCACUGGCAAUUCUUUCGGGCUGAGUGGACAUGUAUCAUCGAACUUGUCUGGAACUGCCGCGGACGAUCGAAGGGAUUCGGCUCGUGAGCUCAAGCUGAAUAACAUUGAAUCUGCAAAGGACGAGGAUUUUUCGGCACUUAACCAUCCUCGUCCAUCUUCGUCCGCAUCAUCCAACUCGAUCGAGAAGCUAGAGCGAGAGGCUCAAAAUGCCAGUCAAACCGAACUCGCCAUCAAGCAACAUAUAAGCACAGAUAUGAAGAGUCUGUUCCGCUUAGCCAAAGCUUCAGGAAUCGAUCGCGAGGAGUUUGAGAGGAUCAUCAAGAGGGAAUUAGAGGUCUUGCCAAUGUUAGAGCAGGAUGAGUAA